GUCAUCAGACAUGUAAAUAGGAUGGACCUUUGGUGCGCCGACGACGCGUGACGCCUGAUGAGUUGCACAUUUGCUACAUUUACGAAGAACGGAGGCCACUGAGUUAUAAACCGAUAUUGCUGGGGUGAAAAAGUAUGGCCAAAGUGCCCGAGGAUACCCAGGUGAAAGCGUACAACUGGUGCAGGGAUUACUUAGGAGGGACGUGGAGAAGAAUCAAGUUCAGCGACUUCCAAAUUCGCGAUUUACGGGGACUUAGUCCGCAAUUUGCCCCACGCCAUUUUGUCUGUGUCCUGCCCCCCUGGGUUGCUUGUGCCGACAUCAAUGAGCCUCGCAAGGCUCUGCUCCACCUGUAUCGCCAUCCAAUAAUCACAGGGACAUCGCCCAGCGCCAAGAAGGGCCGGAAAAAUGAGCCGGCGCAGGUGAUGCUGCGGGUCUACGGUGAGAUCUUCUACGAGAGCGACGCUCCGCUGCUGGACACCAUCAUCUUCUCCCUGCUGUCGGAGCGGCAGCAGGGGCCCAAGCUCUACGGGGUCUUCCCUGAGGGGAGAUUGGAGCAGUACAUUCCCUCCCGAUGCCUGACCACAGCAGAGCUGUCCGACCCGAAGUUGUCGGUGGAGAUUGCGGAGAAGCUCGCCAAAUUCCACCUCCUGGACCUGCCGCUGUGCAAGGUGCCCAGAUGGCUGAAUCAAGUCAUGGACAAGUGGACCAAACUGGCCCUCACUCUGGAGCUGGAGAGUCCCGAGGACCAACGGCUUCUGGAGGAGAUCAGGUCGCAUGACCUCACCCGGGAGGUCGCCUUUGUCAAGGAACUGAUUGCGAACACCAAGAGUCCCGUAGUUUUCUGUCAUAACGAUUGUCAGGAAGGUAACAUCCUUCUUGCUAAGGGGUGCCCAGAGAUCAAAGAUAACAGCCUCGUGUUGAUCGACUACGAGUACGCGAGCUACAACUACAGGGCGUCAGAUUUUGCCAACCAUUUCUGUGAGUGGACAAUUGACUACACUAAGGAGAGCGCCCCCUACUUCAGUCUGGUGCCGGAGGACUACCCGAGCCAGGAGCAGCAACUCCGGUUCAUCCGCGCAUACCUGGAAGAGUACCACUCGGUCAGGGAGUCCACGGAGGAGGAAGGGCUAAGACUCGGUGCGGGGGAGGGCGACAGCAGCGGUUGCAACCGUAUGAGCACUGAGGCCGAAGAGAAACUCCUGCUCAAAGAAAUCACAAGGUUUACACCAGUAAUCCACCUUCUCUGGGUGAUGUGGUCGUGCGUCCAGGCCAAAGUAUCCCACACAGCCUUUGGUUACAUGGAAUAUGGUCUGGCACGACUCAAGGAAUACUUCCGGACCAAGGCGGCCUUGCCCGAUGACCUCUGACACCAUUCCUUUUGACAUAUUUCAGUGCAUUCUCCAUUUACAUGUAUAUUCCAAAUUCAAGUAUUUACACAGUUUGAUCAAAGCAGCCAUAAUUGUUUUAACAGGGUUAAUCAAUGUUUUUCUUGUUUUGGUUGUUUGGUGUACACAGCUGUAGAAAACCACAGCAAUGCCCAACUUCUGAUACGUGCUAUUAACAGUUUGCAUGGCUGCCAUCUUGCAGGACAGUUCGUUUGUUUCACAGGGUAUGCACAAAGGAGGCAUCCCUGUGGCAGAAAGGAGCUGCCCCGCAAGAUGUCUGCCGUGCAAAGCCUCUCUUGGUUUUGGUGCGCUCUCAUGCUUGGAGUUUCUAAACCCGAUCAUGCAUUAUGCCACAGGAUGCCAGACAUUUAUGUGCCUUGAUUUAAAGUUUCCGAAGAAAAUGUUUUUGCCCUGAUGGUAGUGGUUAUUUCUUUCCAUGCAACUCAUGUGCCUGCUUAAUGCCAAUCACAAUAAAAAUCCAGCAGUGGUUUGAUAUAUUUGCACUUGAAGUCAACCACUCAUGCGGUGCUUAAAUAUGUAAAAUGAUAUAUUUUUUUUGUAUUAAUGUCUUUUACCAUGUACUGUCUGGUUGAAUAUUAUACGUUAGAUUCACCUGUUUGCAUUAAUUUAUUCAGUUUAAUAUUUAGCCCUAACUCAUACGUGAGGUGUGUGUACUCGGGUUUGUCUAGGUUACUUUAUUUUUGCAUUUUAGCAUUUUGUCCGCUGGGAUUUCAUAUUGAGUUGAUUAUUUUGUAGCCUGGGUUAGUUAGUGAAGUCUGACACAUGCCAGCUCUUACAUAGUUCCCCUCACCAAGAUUUGAAAGUGUUUCAGAUUUAGACACGACAGUGUAAUCCUCACCGGGGUGACUUGAAUAUACGUUUAUAUAUUUGGCCUUUAUCAGUCACAAUUUGGCAGCUGCCUUGAAGAAAUGUCAAGUUUAAAAUGAAUCUUAAAACUAAUGCUGACAAGCCAGAUGUAGGCAUCCUUGACAAUACGAAUCCUUGCAGUUUGCAAUCGAGGUCGUGUGAUGACUGGUGUUCCAGUCGAGACUUCUCGAGACCAUUGCAAGACCCCUAGUAGGCUAUCGCAAGACCAACAAAACAUCUCAAGUCCUACUUUUAGUCACAGGCUAUUCGAAUGAACUCCAUUGAAAGCAUUCCUUUGUUGUCAUCCUUCGCUUCGUUACUUGCGACUGGUCUUGAGAUGAUCUCGACUGCUGACGAUCUCAUGAUCAAGGAGCCGCACGCAUGGUUACAUGUAUUGUCCCUUUGCACCGUGACAAUCCCAUAAAUCUCAGCCCACCGCGGUUGGCAUGACAGACCAGUGCAGCCAUUUUCAGGCACUUACUGGCUUGUCCACACCUCCUCAGCCUCACAUACAUCCAUCAUGUACUCCCAGGAGGAGUAAAGUCACUCGCCCACAGUCACAGCUGUGCGCCCGUGACUAGAUUUGAACCCUGGACCCAAUGAUCAGAAGUUCCACACCCCAUCCACUAGGCCUCACGCCCACGUUUACAUGGGACACUCCUCCAGUAUUGCACAAGGAGCUUUAUUGAAUAUUUCAAAUCAUUUCUGCAGUGGAUGAUCGGGGCCUGUGGCCUAGUGGUUACUGUAACGUUUUAUUUGUUCAAUUUUGUUUAGUGGAAACUCGUGGGCUCUGCAUGAUUUCUCUAGAUUGGGAGGGGUUGACUGGAGACUUAGCUUUCUUUCCUUUGGUCUUACUCAGAUUGAGAAGUUUUUACGUGCUUACCUGGCUCAGCCUGGGAAACGUACUCUACGUUGAGUGCUUUUACGAUUUUGUAUUCUCACAUCUUGUUGCUAAGCAUGAUGCUAAGCAUAAAAAGUAAAAUGUUGAUGUAAAGGAAUUAAUAAGAGAGUUUAUGAUAAGAGUAUUUGAAACAUGUAAUGCUUGCAUAAUCAGUUAUUUCUGCAUGUAUUGAUCAUUAAGUAUUAAUGUAAAACCAUUGUCUUUGCCAAGUCACAUGUAUACCUACAAUUAUAUACUUUCAGUUUGCUGCAAAAUCUAUUAACAGAACAGAAUUAUUGUGCAA